AUGUACGCAUCCGCUCUCUCUCUUUUUGCUUUCAUUGCCAGCCAAGCCGCUGCUUCCUCGGUCCUCUCUUCUGCGGGAGCGCCCCAUGGUUUCCUCGACAUCGUUCGCAGGGCCACCAACUCGUCGGACAUUUCUGGCAACAUUCCAGCCGCUUGCACAUCUGACUGCAAAAUCCUUACCGACCCCAGCGGCUGCGCUUCCACCGAUGCUGCCUGCCUUUGCACCGACGCACGGAACAAGGGCUCCUUUGCCUGCUACGAGUGUAUCCUCGGCUUCGUCCCAGACCAGAUGGCGCUCGACGAAGGCCAGAAGAUGCUCGCAGAUUAUGAGACAGCCUGCGCGCAGGCAGAUAUCACCUUGGCGUCGCUUUCGCUCAUGCUUCCAGGCACGACGUCUCCAGCUGGCCCCACGGCUCCUGGUGGCCCCACGUUUCCCGGUGGCACUACGUCGCCCGGCACUACGUCUCCCGGUCGCACGACGUCGCCCGGCGCUACGACUCCUACUGGGACCCCCAAGACGGGUACCGGCGCCGCGGCGAGUCUUUUCGUCAACAUGGCCGCGGUUGGUGGUGCUGUGGGUGCCGCCCUCGCCGCGCUGCUCUGA